UGGGGCUGCUGGUGCCGCGGCUGCUGGUGCUGCGGUUGCAGCCGCUUUUGCUUCUGCUUCUCUUGGAACCGCCGCAUUCGCCUGGAUCAGCUAGCCAGCGAGGAAGGGGCUCCCAGCUCUAGAGGUUGAGCCUUCACCUGCACUGAGUGAGUGACGGAGUGAUCGACUGAGUGACGGAGUGAUCGACGGACUGACGGGCCGGGCCUGGGGUAAGGCACACACAUUGUGAUUCAAGAAGUUCACCAAUAAUGGAGUUGGCCCAUAGUUUAUUGCUAAAUGAAGAAGCUUUGGCCCAAAUUACUGAAGCAAAGAGGCCUGUCUUUAUCUUUGAGUGGUUGCGAUUUCUUGACAAAGUCCUGGUGGCUGCUAACAAGACUGAUGUGAAGGAAAAGCAGAAAAAGCUUGUUGAGCAACUCACUGGAUUAAUAAGCAGUUCUCCUGGCCCUCCAACAAGGAAAUUAUUAGCUAAAAAUCUUGCAGCUCUUUAUAGCAUUGGAGAUACUUUCACUGUCUUUCAAACUCUUGACAAGUGUAAUGAUAUUAUCAAAAACAAAGAUGACACUGCAGCCUAUUUGCCAACCAAACUGGCUGCAGUAGCAUGUGUUGGAGCAUUUUAUGAAAAAAUGGGGAGGAUGUUAGGAAGUGCAUUUCCAGAAACAGUUAACAAUCUUUUGAAGUCUCUGAAAAGUGCAGAGUCUCAAGGCCGAAGUGAAAUCUUAAUGAGCUUACAAAAAGUCCUAAAUGGGCUGGGUGGUGCAGCAGCUUCCUGUCACCGUGAUAUUUAUAAGAAUGCAAGAUCUCUGCUUAGUGACAGAUCUAUGGCUGUUAGGUGUGCAGUUGCUAAAUGCCUGCUAGAACUACAGAAUGAAGCUGUAUUUAUGUGGACGGCCGAAUUGGAAAAUAUAGCCACAUUAUCUUUUAAGGCUUUGGAAAGCUCAAAUUAUGGGGUUCGAGUGGCAGUGGCAAAACUCUUGGGAACAGUCAUGGCUACAGCAUUGAUGCCUAAACAGGCAACAGUAAUGCGCCAGAAUGUGAAAAGAGCUACUUUAGAUGAAGUCUUAGAGCUCAUGGCCACAGGAUUUCUACGUGGAGGGUCUGGAUUCUUAAAGAGUGGAGGAGAAAUGCUAAAAGUUGGUGGUUCAGUUAAUCGUGAAGUAAGAGUUGGAGUUACACAGGCAUAUGUUGUUUUUGUUACAACAUUAGGUGGUCAGUGGUUAGAACGCAGCUUUGCUACAUUCUUAUCUCAUGUACUUGAUCUGGUUUCACACCCUCGGGCCACCCAAACACAUGUAGAAGCUGUGUACUCAAGAAGGUGUGUCUCCUUUAUCCUCAGAGCUACUGUAGGCAGUUUGCUUGGGGAAAAAGCUCAGAUUGCAGCUGCCAAAGAAAUCUGCCAAGCCAUUGGAAAACAAAUGAAAGCAGUGGAAGCAGUAGUGAAUGAUACAAGUAGUGAAAACAAAUCUGGAGCUGCUGACAUAGCAGCAAGUCAGCAUGUGAUGGUGUGUGCCCUGCAGGAGCUUGGUAGCUUAGUUCAAAGCUUAAAUGCCACUGCAUCUCCUCUUAUUCAGGAAGCAUCUAUAGGUCUUUUGGAAACAGUAACAUCUGUACUUCUGCAUCCUAGUAUGGCUGCCCGACUUGCUGCAGCAUGGUGUUUACGUUGUGUAGCUGUGGCAUUGCCUUUCCAGUUGACUCCAUUUCUAGACAGAUGUGCAGAAAGGCUCAAUAAUUUGAAGACCUCACCUGAAGCUGUUAGUGGUUAUAGUUUUGCAAUGGCUGCUUUGUUAGGUGGAGUACAUCAGUGCCCAUUGGGUAUCCCUCACGCCAAAGGAAAGAUGGUAGUAAGCAUUGCUGAAGAUCUCUUACGAACUGCUGCUCAAAACAGUAGACUAUCCUUGCAGCGCACUCAAGCUGGAUGGCUUCUACUUGGAGCACUUAUGACUUUAGGUCCUUCUGUUGUUCGUUAUCAUCUUCCCAAAAUGUUGCUAUUAUGGCGAAAUGUCUUCCCUCGUUCCUUAAAGGAGCUAGAAGCUGAAAAGGCACGAGGAGAUUCUUUUACUUGGCAGGUAACAUUGGAAGGCCGGGCUGGAGCAUUGUGUGCAAUGCGGAGUUUUGUUGCUCAUUGUCCUGAACUCCUAACUGAGGAUGUGAUUAGAAAACUGAUGACACCUAUUGAAUGUGCCAUGACGAUGAUGUCACACAUUCCAUCUGUAAUUAAGGCCCAUGGAGCUCAUCUGAAGGCUAGUGCUGCAAUGGUCCGCUUAAGACUUUAUGAUAUUUUGGCAUUGUUACCCCCCAAAACUUAUGAAGGAUCUUUUAAUGCACUUCUUAGGGAGCUGGUGGCAGAAUUUACUUUGACAGAUAACUCUGCCAAUACUACUACCUCCCUUCUCAGAUCUCUCUGUCAUUAUGAUGACAGUGUUCUUCUUGGUUCCUGGCUUCAAGAAACUGAUCAUAAAUCAAUUGAAGAUCAGCUCCAACCAAAUAGUGCAUCUGGGAGUGGUGCUUUAGAGCAUGACCCAUCCUCCAUUUAUUUACGAAUACCUGCUGGUGAAGCUGUUCCUGGUCCUCUUCCUCUUGGCGUCUCAGUCAUUGAUGCUUCUGUUGCUCUCUUUGGUGUAGUGUUUCCUCACGUUUCUUAUAAACACCGAUUACAGAUGCUAGAUCAUUUUGCUGAAUGUGUCAAACAGGCUAAAGGUGUUCGUCAGCAGGCCGUACAACUUAAUAUUUUCACUGCUGUUCUCAGUGCAUUAAAGGGCUUAGCUGAAAACAAAAGCACUUUAGGACCUGAGGAAGUUCGUAAAUCUGCUCUGACAUUGGUUAUGGGUGCUCUUGAUAAUCCAAAUCCCAUUUUAAGGUGUGCAGCUGGAGAAGCCCUUGGAAGAAUGGCUCAAGUGGUUGGAGAAGCAACUUUCAUUGCUAGAAUGGCUCAAUAUAGCUUUGACAAACUAAAAUCUGCUCGAGAUGUUGUUUCCCGAACUGGCCAUUCAUUGGCUCUUGGCUGUCUGCAUCGAUAUGUUGGGGGUAUAGGAUCAGGGCAACACCUCAAGACCAGUGUUAGUAUUCUACUAGCACUGGCGCAAGAUGGAACUUCACCUGAAGUCCAGACCUGGUCUCUUCAUUCACUUGCUUUGAUAGUGGAUUCUAGCGGGCCAAUGUAUCGUGGCUAUGUCGAACCAACUUUGUCCCUAGUUCUCACAUUGCUAUUGACAGUUCCACCUUCACAUACAGAAGUUCAUCAGUGUUUGGGUCGAUGUUUAGGUGCUAUAAUAACCACUGUUGGACCUGAACUGCAGGGGAAUGGAGCAACAAUCUCGACAAUCCGCUCUUCCUGUUUGGUUGGUUGUGCAAUCACACAAGACCAUUCAGAUUCUCUUGUUCAGGCAGCUGCUAUCUCUUGCCUUCAACAGCUACAUAUGUUUGCCCCACGGCAUGUCAAUUUGUCUAGUCUGGUUCCUAGCCUUUGUGUUCAUUUAUGUAGUUCCCAUUUAUUACUCCGAAGGGCAGCAGUUGCAUGUCUUCGGCAACUUGCACAACGAGAAGCUGCUGAAGUAUGUGAAUAUGCUAUGAGUCUUGCCAAAAAUGCAGGAGACAAAGAAAGCAGUGGCAUCAAUAUGAAUCCUUUUGCACCAGGGAUCGGUCCUCGCCGUGACAUCCAUUGUCGGCACCGAGGUGUCAAUAUAACAGAAACUGGCUUGGAAGGGCUUCUUUUUGGAAUGCUAGACCGGGAGACUGAUCGAAAAUUAUGUUCUGAUAUCCAUGACACUUUAGGACAUAUGCUUUCAUCCCUGGCCGUAGACAAACUUUCACAUUGGCUAAUGCUUUGUAAGGAUGUUCUGGCAGCUUCCAGUGAUAUGAGUACUACAACUCCUUUAAGUGGUGGAAAGGAUGAAGAAUCUGAAAAGAAAGAUGAGAUGGAUGAUGACACUAUGUUCACCACGUUAGGUGAAGAGGAUAAAUCAAAGCCUUCUGUAGCUCCUCGCUGGGCCACUCGGGUGUUUGCUGCUGACUGCUUGUGUCGGGUCAUCAUGUUGUGUGAGAAUGCAGACCCAGCUCACUUUGAUCUCGCUUUGGCACGUUCAGCCAAACUGAGAAACCCUGCAAAUGAUCUUUUAGUACUCCAUCUCUCUGACCUGAUACGCAUGGCAUUCAUGGCUGCUACUGAUCACAGCAACCAGCUGCGGAUGGCUGGGCUUCAAGCACUUGAGGACAUUAUUAAGAAAUUUGCAUCUGUGCCUGAGCCAGAAUUUCCAGGUCACGUGAUUCUGGAGCAGUACCAAGCUAAUGUGGGAGCUGCUCUCAGACCAGCCUUUUCACAAGAUACUCCAUCAGACAUAAUUGCAAAAGCUUGCCAGGUUUGUAGCACAUGGAUUGGAAGUGGAGUUGUUAGUGAUCUCAAUGAUCUCCGCCGAGUACACAAUUUGCUUGUUUCUUCACUAGACAAAGUACAGGCAGGAAAAGGAUCUUCUAGCCAACUUUAUAGAGAGAGUGCCACAACUAUGGAAAAACUGGCAGUGCUGAAAGCUUGGGCUGAGGUUUAUGUUGUUGCCAUGAAUAUUAAAAAGGAAGCAGAGACUAAACCAAAAAGAACCAUAAAAAACACUGAUGAUGAAGAUGAUGAUUAUGGGACCAUAGAUGAGCUGCCACCAGACAGUUUAAUUACACUUGUACAGCCUGAAUUGCCGAUACUUAGCCGCCUCUGGUUGGCAGCAUUAAAAGACUAUGCACUUUUGACUCUACCAGCUGAAUUUUCAAGUCAGCUUCCACCAGAUGGGGGAGCCUUUUAUACUCCAGAGACAAUUGAUACAGCUCGGCUUCACUACCGGAACUCUUGGGCUCCAAUUCUCCAUGCAGUAGCACUUUGGUUAAAUAGUACAGGAUUUACUAGUUCAGAACCAACAGAAGAAACAUCAGUGUCUGGUUUACAAAAACGUCCAACAUCUGUCAUUUUAAACCAGGCACCUGGAGCAACAGCUAAUACUAAAUCUUUGCCAGAAAUCAACAAAGACAGAAUGCAUCUGAUUUUAGGUGUUAGUAUACAGUUUCUUUGUUCCCCAAGACCUGAGGAACCUAUUGAACAUGUUACAGCAUGUCUGCAGGCAUUGCAUACCUUACUGGAAUCCCCUUGUGCCAGAAUUCACAUUGGAGAGGAUCAGCUCAUUGGUGUCGAGUUGCUGAAUGUGCUGCAUCGACUCCUUUUGACUUGGAAUCCACCCUCAGUCCAGCUGUUGGUCACUGGAGUGGUACAGCAAAUAGUUAGAGCGGCUCAAGAUUAUUUGCAAGAAAAAAGAAACACUCUAAAUGAAGAUGAUAUGGAAAAAGAGACUUGCCCUGUGUUAGGAGAAGGAGGUGACAGUGGUGGGCUUGUUCCUGGAAAAUCUCUUGUCUUUGCAACCAUGGAGCUAUUGAUGUUCAUCUUAGUACGGCAUAUGCCACAUCUCAGUACCAAGAUGUCAGAUUCACCAAGUCAUGUAUCCACCAAAACAAGAUUAUCUGAAGAAAGUGCUCGUUUAGUGGCAGCUGCAGUUACCAUCCUCUCAGACCUGCCAUCUCUUUGCUCUCCUGCUGGAUGUAUGACAAUAUUACCCACAAUUCUGUUUCUGAUUGCAAGAAUAUUGAAAGACACAGCAAUAAAGUCUGGAGAUAAUCAAGUACCCCUCCCAGUCAGUGCAGCUCUACAAGGAAUUAAAAACAUUGUGACUCUUUCAAUGGCCAAGACUGAGGAAACUCAAAAGCAGUGGACUGAUCUAAUUCGUAGCACUCUUGCAUGUAUCCUGGAAUAUUCUCAACCAGAUGAUUCAAUGCCUGUUCCUGAUGAAGUGAGCAUGCUUACAGCUAUUGCACUCUUUCUGUGGUCUGCUAGUACUGAAAUAAUUGGAGUCCAGUCAUUACAGAAUGGCUGCGUGAACAGAUUUAAAAAUGCACUGAAUUCUUGUGAUCCAUGGGUUCAAGCUAAGUGUUACCAGCUUCUUCUUUCAGUUUUCCAGCAUUCCAAUCGUGCCCUUUCAACUCCCUACAUCCAUUCAUUAGCUCCAAUAAUGGUUGAAAAAUUGAAAGCUGUUGAAAGGAGCCGGCCAACCAGUAGUACAGAGCUUUUAGCUGUUCAAGAAGGAAUCAAAGUUCUUGAAACAUUGGUUGCCCUUGGUGAAGAGCAGAACAGAGUCCAGUUACUUGCCCUUUUAGUUCCAACCUUGAUUUCAUAUCUGCUGGAUGAAAAUGCUUUUGAUUCAGCACUUACGGCAUCCAAAGAUCUUCAUGAGUUUGCACUCCAGAAUCUAAUGCACAUUGGGCCUCUCUAUCCACAUGCUUUUAAGACUGUAAUGGGAGCUGCUCCUGAGUUGAAAACACGCCUGGAAACUGCAGUUCGAGCAAGCCAAGCCAGCAAAGCAAAAGCAGCUGCGAGGCAACCAGCACCUACCAUACAUUCCGCCCCAACAAUUAAACUCAAAACAAGCUUUUUUUGAAUUUACUGUUCCAUUCCUUUUUAUUUACAUUGGCAACAAACACCAAAUUAGUCAUUGGUUCUGCAUCAUUCCAGUCUUUAUGUUUAUUUGAUUUGUAUAUUGGUGUUAGUGUUAUGAAAUAGGAUAACUGAAAUAAUUCCACAGGUUGAUGUUGAUUUUAGCAAAUUUAUUUUUAUCAUGUAUGUGAAUUAAUUUACUUUUUUUUUUUUU